AUGCUGUCCGCCAUCGCCGCCGUUGUUGCUGCGACCGUCGACGAUAGCAGCUGUGGACCUCUCGAGGAACUAGACGACACCGUCCGUCGUCAACUCCGUCGUGGGAGCCGACCUACCUCCACUGUCGGAGCUGCCAACGCCGCUCGCCAGUGCCGUCAUCUGACGACGAUCCGACCGGACCAGGGAGCUGGGCACAGAUGA